GCGUGUUUGAUUUUAGCCUAUCGCUUGCAAAAUAAAUAAAAAGAACAAGUGAAAUUCAAUUGUAUAUAUAUUAACUAAUCAACGCGAGCAUUGCAAUUGUAGCAUACAUGUGAUUUGUUUGGCGUGGCGCAGCUGGAGGCUUAAAUAGGGCAGCGGCGAGAGCGUGGAUUUGGAGCAAGCAGGCUGUUUGGUGAAAUUUUUGUUGUUGGUGGUGCAGCAGCCACGCCACCUCCUGCCCACAGCUCAUACACACGCAAGAUGCUGUGUAUACAAUAUUAGCGAGAAUUUCGAAGAAACACAGACUGCGUUGGGAAUAUUAAUGCUUUUGUAAACAAAACAACACAGAAACAAAAAGCGCCAGCGAUAUUAUUUUUGAGGUCAUCACUAAUUAUUCCAAAGCACUUGGGGGCCAGCUGGUGAAUGCAAAGAUUACAAGUGUCAGUUUCAAAACAGUGUGUGCAAUGGCAACAAGUCUUGGUAAAUGCGAGCCGCAGGAAGUUGCAGCACCGGCAACAACAGCAACGACGUCAGCAACACAGCUACUAAGACAACGGCAAUCAAAUGGCGGCACCGUUCACGAGACUCCAUCAACGUCAUCGACGGCGUUGAAUGGCAAGGCAGCUCCAGCAAUAAAGGCCAAUGACUAUAGCUCUGGCACAUUUAUGAAACUUAAAACCUAUUUGCUGGCCUUGCGUCCUUGGUCGCUCUCGGCCAGUUUGGUGCCGACGCUGCUCGGCUCCGCAUUGGCAUAUCGUUCGCAAUGGGCGGCCGAUUUCUCUAUGCUCACCUUCUUUCUCACCGCUUUUACGGUGGUCACGGUCCACUGUGCUGGCAAUGUGGUCAACACGUAUUUCGAUUUCAUCAAAGGCAUCGACAAACAAAAGGCUGACGAUCGCACACUGGUCGAUCAUAUACUCACCAAGGAUGAGGUGGUUUCACUGGGCGCUAUUCUAUAUUUGGCUGGCUGCGGUGGCUUUGUACUGCUCGCCGUACUUAGUCCAGCCAAGAUGGAACACUUGGCGCUGAUUUAUUUCGGCGGACUGUCAUCGAGCUUCCUUUACACUGGCGGCAUUGGUUUCAAAUACAUUGCGCUGGGCGAUCUCGUGAUAUUAAUACUGUUUGGACCCAUUUCGGUUCUGUUUGCGUUCAUGUCACAAACGGGUCAUGUCGACUGGACGACGAUGGGCUAUGCCAUACCGCUGGCCCUGAACACGGAGGCAAUACUACAUAGCAAUAAUACACGCGAUGCGGAAAGCGAUGGCAAGGCGGGCAUCGUAACACUGGCCAUUCUUAUUGGACGCACUGCCUCGCAUGUGCUGUAUGCAAUGCUGCUCUUCACACCAUACUCACUGUUCUUCAUCUUUGGUCUGAAAUACUCACUAUGGUUCCUGCUACCGUUGAUAACGCUGCCACAGGCAUUUCAAAUUGAGAAGCGUUUCCGGGACGAGCAGACAAUGCAUGUGGUGCCCAAGCAGACUGCUAAGCUAAAUUUCUUUUUUGGCAUACUCUACAUCAUCGCCUGUUGCUGUGCCCAGCAGCUGCCCACGUUUGUCUCGCGAAAGCACUAGUUACUCUAUAUAAAUAUACACACUUAUGUAUAUAAAUAUUUAUGUACAUGGAGAUGGCAUUGUCUUAAACUUCUGCAACAGUUUUAGGGAAUUUCAUUAGUUCUAUUUGUUUGUUUUUUAAAUAUUGAUUUUAGUGAAUGUGGUUAUGAAUAAUGUAUUGUAUUUGUCUCAAGUUUGCAGUUGCACAAAUUUUGAAUGCUUUGCUAGUCUCCUAGUCUCUAAAACUACAACUACUAUUAAAGCUAAAAAAGCUACAACUAAAUCUAACUCUAAUUCUAAUCUUAGAACUGAACAUAUCCCACAAAAGCUCAUCGCCUGAGCUUGAAUAACUCAAUUCACAUUUUUAUUUAUUUCACCUCAACUUUUAUCUAAAUGAAACCUAUAGUUUGUUUUAUAUAUAAUGUACUCUUCCUAUUGCGCGUUGGAAUAUCGGACCAAGAUCGUUAUAGCGUCGGCAUGUGCAACAAUAAUGAAAUCAUUAAAUGACCUAGUUAUAUAUCAAUAUACAUACAUAACAUACAUAUAUAUAUUCUAAAGUUAAUGUUACUUUAUAGAGAUGCUUCAAAUGUGCAACUAAGUUAUAAAUCAAUAACGCUGGCUUUGCUUUUUGUGUACAACAAUUGUUAGCGUUUUUUUAAACACACUCAACCACAUACAUAAAUCUGCAUAUAUACAUAAACAAAUACAUAUAUAAAUGUAUAAAUAUAUAUAAUUAGAUCAUGUAAGCCCAGUGUCUAGCAGCAGGCUCAAGAGUGAGAAUAUCAACACAAAGAAACACAAACUUAAACUUUUAAAAUGAAAAUGAAAAGAAAAAAAAAAAACAAAUGAAUAAUUCAAAAUCGUAUAUACUAUAAGCUUAUCGGAUCGAAAGAUUUUUUGAACGAGCAACAAUUGUUUUCCAAGCAUAAAUCACAAUACCUAAGCAUAUAAACAAAUAGCUUUAAAUAACAAUAACAUACACAAAAUAUUUGUGUAUCGGAAUGACAAGAAGUGAAAUAUGUAUUGUUACGAGUAUAAUGCGCAUUCUAAAUACAAUAUUGAAUAUUUAAUUUUGUGGCAAUAUUUGUGCACAAAGCUGAAAAUUUGUUUUUCAUACAUAUAUUUGUAACGGUAUUUGUAUUCGUAAUUUUAGUGCUUAAAGUUAAUUUUGUAAUUCGCAUGCACAUAUAAAAUGCUUUUCUUGUUUGCUGAGAGCGUGCGAAAUAUCAGAGGCCAAUGUGAAUAUUGAACUGAAUGAUCAAUGUGAAACAAACAGAAAAACAAAAACAUAACGAAAAAUCAAAUCAACUAAUUGACAAUUUUGUAGACUAACUUAACAACAAUACCAACAUCAAUGAACAAUAAUAAUUAUAGUUAUACUAUGAUAGUAAUGAAAACCCACUUAGAGAAUGAAAAUGAUUUGGGUUAUUAUAUUCGAUUCGUUUUGAGUAAUUAAACAAAUGGGAUUAGUGGAUAUAA